AUGGGUGUCCCCAUCCAGUACCCCAGUUAUUGAAUGGGAGGGGACAGCGUCUCACAUGGGGACUCACUGAUCACCCAGAAACACGAGGGGCACGGGAAAAAGCCUGAGCUAUGGGGCAUUGGAGCAGACACGCUAUGCAAGCAAAUCAAUUGCUUUGCCUGCUCCUGAUGGGGCCGGGAGAUCUGCCAAUGGCAUGAGUAGGGAGGAGGAGCCUCUUCCCUCCCCCCAACACAGCCCCCUUCCUCCCAGUCCCAGCAUUGUCUGUGGAUUUUAACCCCUCGUAGGCCCUGGCGCUGAGCACGGGGGGAUAUGGAGAAGGUGGAGUCUGUGACGUACCCUGACUUUCUGGUUGAUACUGAGAGCAAUGGCCCCUUUCCGCUGGAGGAUCCUAGCGAGGAGAGCUUCCCGAUGGCGCACUCGGCCGAGUUUUCGUGGAUGGAGCGAGGGGAGGAGCUAUGUGACGCUGACUCAGAUGAGCGGGAGGAGCUGAGAGUUGUCCUGACAGAUGACGGGGCCCUGAGUGAGGACGAGGAGGCUGAUGAUGUGCAGGAGCAGGACGACGAUGAUGGGGAGCCAGAAGGGCCAUUCUCAGCCCACUCCGAAGGGGACGAUUCCUGCGGGAGCUCUGAGAGGCCACAAGGUAGAUGGCGUGAUGCAGGUGCAGGUGAACAGGCCUGCAAUGCGGAGGAUAAGCCGUUCCGGUGCUCCGAGUGUGGCAAGGGGUUUGCCCAGAGCUCCAAUCUAAUCAAACACCAGCGGGUCCACACCGGGGAGCGGCCCUACCGCUGCCACCAGUGUGGCAAAGCCUUCACCUGGAGCUCAUCGCUGCUGGAGCACCAGAAAUCUCAUGCUGGUGAAAAGCCCCACAGCUGUCCGGAGUGCGGGAAGAAGUUCAGCCGUGGCUCCACCCUGCUGGAGCACCAGCGCAUCCACACUGGCGAGAAGCCUUUUCGCUGCCACCAGUGCGGCGCCCGCUUCAGCCAGAGCUCCACACUGGUGCACCACCAGCGCACCCACACCGGGGAGCGGCCCUACCGCUGCGACGAGUGUGGGCGCAGCUUUGGCCGCAAGUCCACGCUGGUGACCCACCGCCGCACCCACACCGGCGAGAAGCCAUACCACUGCCUGGAGUGUGGACGCAGCUUUGUGGUCAGCUCGGACCUGGCCAAACACCAGCGCACCCACACUGGCGGCCAAGGCCCCUACCGCUGUGGGGAGUGUGGGGAGGGCUUUGGCUGGAGUGCUGCCCUGGCUGCCCAUCGGGCCAGCCAGCACGGUGCAGAGAAGCCCUACCGAUGCUCUGAGUGCGGGGAGGCUUUCCACCAAAAUGCCACGCUGCUGGUGCACCAGCGCACCCACGCUGGUGAUGAGGCCUUCACCUGCUCCGACUGUGGAGAGUGUUUCCUGGAGAGCGCCAAGCUGGCCCGGCACCGGCGCGCCCGGCACAGCGCCGAUGGGGAGGAGAAGCCUUUCAAGUGCUCCGAGUGCGGCAAGGGCUAUGCCCAGAGUGCCGGCCUGCGACACCACCAGCGAGAGCAACCCUUCCGCUGCCCGCAGUGCGGCCUGAGCUUCCUGUGGAGCUGCCGGCUGGCUGAGCACCGCCGCAGCUGCCGCAUGGCUGAGAAGCCAUACAAGUGCCCUGAGUGCGGCAAGAGUUUUGGCCAGAGCUCCAAGCUGCUGCGGCACCAGGUGACUCACACCGGCGAAAAACCCUACAAGUGUCCUGAGUGCGGCAAGAUCUUCAGCCAGAGCUCCAAUCUGGCGGAGCACCGGCGCACGCACGCCGGCCAGAAGCUCCACCGCUGCGGCAUCUGCGGCAAGAGCUUCGCCCUGGGCUCUUAUCUGGCCAAGCACCAGAUCACCCACACUGGGGAGCGGCCCUACCGCUGCACCGAGUGCGGCAAAGGCUUCCGGCAGAGCUCCAACUUGAUCCAGCACCAGCGCACCCACACCGGCGAGCGCCCCUACACCUGCCCCCAGUGUGGCAAAAGCUUCUGCCAGAACUCCCACCUCAUCAAGCACCGGCGCACCCACACUGGUGAGCGCCCCUACCGCUGCCCCCAGUGUGGCAAGAGCUUCCGCCAGAGCGCCAACCUGCUGGAGCACCAGAACACCCACACCGGUGAGCGCCCCUACCAGUGCGGCCAGUGCGGCAAGAGCUUUUGCUGGAGCUCAGCUUUCAGCAAACAUCAGAGGACGCAUCUCAGCUAGGGGAGCUGUGCUGGGAUCUACCUGAUCCGGGGGCCCUGUAUUGGGAGUCUGCAGGCCCACCUGAGCUGGGGUCCCCCGCAUAUGGGGAUCACUUAGCCCCAUCUCCAGUUAUGGACCCCAUAUGGGGAUCCCCAGGAGCCAGGGCAACACUGGGACCCUUCCCUGCUUCCCCCUUCUCCCUUCUGAGUUAAGGGACCCAAUAUGGAGACCACUAGGAUGCCCCAUGGACAUGCUGGAGAUCCCAGCCUAUCUUGCAUCAGGGUGGCCCUGGUUGAUUCCUUCCAUCAGGGAAGCAGGAUCCAGCCAUGGCACAUGAAGGCAAACCAAGAUCAGGCCCCGUCAUGCCGGGCGCUGCACAGACACACAGUGACUGAGAUCAGGCCCUGUCAUGCCGGGCGCUGCACAGACAGGCAGUGAUCAAGAUCAAGGGCCAGUUGUGCCGGGCACUGCGCAGAUGCGGAAUGACUGAGAUCAGGGGCCAGUUGUGUCAGGCGCUGCACAGACACACAGUGACUGAGAUCAGGGACCUGUCACACCCAGUGCUGCACAAACACGCAGUGACCGAGAUGAGGCCCCAUCAUACUGGGCGCUGCACAGACACACACUGACCGAGAUCAGGCCCUGUCAUGCCAGGCGCUGCACAAACACAGAACGACUGGGAUCAGGGCCCAGUCACACCCGGUGCUGCACAGACACAGUCAAUGACAGUCUCUGGUUUACAUCACUUACAUGUACUGCUUUUCAUUGCCUCCCCGUCCAAUGCAGGACUGACCGAACAGUGUAUUGGCCCAGCCUUGUUCUGCAUAUUCCAAGUGGCUGAGAUUUCACUGUCUGUUGGGUGACCAUUGUACAACUCUCAUCUUUAGCAAAUCUUUGACACUGAAACUAAACUCAUUUUGCUGACUCCUCUGGAGUUUUGUUAUUAAGAAGGAGGGGGAAAUGAGAGAUUGUGCUUUGGGUCUAAUGACUAAGAAGACUGCUAAGUAAUUUUGUUAACCACAGAGUGAAAGGUGAGGUGCUGUUGUGAAUCAGAAAGGAGCUAAGAGACAGGCAAGUAAUUGUGGGAAGAAAUGGACAGUUUCCACAAGCUUCAAACCCAUGAUUGGCUCAGGAAGCCAGCAAAGCCCUAAUCACCAGGCUGCCAAAGACUGAGAGCCUUUUCCUCUAUUCAAAGUGCUUCAGAGGGAAACUAAAGACUUUUAAGCUCUUCAAAUUCCUGAUUUUUGUGCCUAGCCUCCUUUUCUAGCUGGUCCCUCACCUACAUGUCCAUCUUUGUCCUUUUGCAAAACUGGGUUCCAGCCCUCCACCAAUUCCUCAGGACUCUUCCUCACAGUGUGUUACUGGAUUGUGGAACUGCCUGCCACAGGAUGCUGCUGUCGCUGAGAACUUAGCCAGAUUCAAAGAGGGGCUGGAUGUUUAUGUGGAUAACAAGAUCUGUAUGAUAGUAAAUGAUGAAGUGGGUUUGAAAGGGAUAUUAAACCUCAGGUUCCAAGGUUUAAGGUGA